GGGUACUCGCGUCUCGGCGAGUUCUUUCUGAUUCAUCCGGGAUUGGAGGAGCGCACAAAACGCUUUUGAGCGUCCUUGUCAGCAUCUGAACGCGGAGGUGAAGACAAGUCCUGUUGACGGUAGUGAACAGUCUUGUCUCGACGAUGUCGGGACUCGUCGGAUACUCGGUUAGAAAUCGCGACGUCGACAUCGCGGCCUGAUCUUCUUUCAAUAGAAAGGUGCGAGAGAUAUUUAAGAAAUCGCUUGUUUCACGUUCACAUUCUCGUCGACGACAUUAAUAACGCGAGGAGAAAGAGAAACGGAAGGGAUGAGAGAGACUACCCUAAUAAAAUUAUAGCCGCCGUCUGAAGUGAAACCGCAAACGAGAUACACGGCAGAUAUAAUAGUGCGAACGAUAUUAAUUCGAGAAAAUAACGAUCAUUAAUCCGAUAACAAUGAGUUUCGAUGAAGUGCGUAUUUUUUCGCAGCCAAUGAAAUAUCGCGUAUUUUCCAAUGUGAAAAUUCGCUGGUGAAUUUGAAUGGAUUCAACAAUGGAUGAUGCCACGGCCAUGAAGAUGAUUCGCGAGUGUGAAAUCGGUCAUGUAUCGUGAUCGUAGAGUGCGGCGAUGUGUUGAAACAAAUUGAACGAUUAUGAAGCCACGUAAAUAAAACACACGGUUUUAAUCGCGAUAAUUUGCACGUGCGAUUAAUUGAUACACACCGAUAGUGAUUCGACGAGGAUGCAGCCGCAACACGCGCAACGAUGCGAGAUCGGUGCCGAUUGCUGCUAUCAGCAAUGGUCGGCGCAUCAUCAUCACGAUCAUCAUCAUCAUCAUCACCAUCACCAGCAUCAGCAACUGACAGCUGUGCCGUCGCCUAUGCAACAGAUGGAAGCCUGCUUGCAGAGCGCCGGAAGAGCGAAGCGAUCGCGCAGUCCCAAUCCGAUAAAGACCGCUUUGCAGGUCCACAUGACGAAUCCGAUCUCCCCGUCCGUUCCGGCGGAAUCUCGCAACGACAACAACAACAACAAUCGUCAUCACGGCGAUCAUCAUUCGAACGACGACGGUGCUUCCUCCGCCGAAGAAUUGGGUACCAAACGGCCGCUUCAUCCGGCGCUGAUCGGAGCCGGUGCCGCUCUGGAGGCGAAACCGCUUUGGGAGGAAUUUCAUCAACUCGGCACAGAAAUGAUCGUCACGAAAGCCGGACGAAGAAUGUUUCCCACGUUUCAGUGUCGUCUGUUCGGCUUGGAUCCCAACACGGAAUAUUUGAUGGUGAUGGAUUUUGUUCCGUGUGACGAUAAGAGGUAUCGAUACGCGUUCCACAGCAGUGCCUGGGUUGUGGCGGGUCGCGCCGAUCCUGUGUCACCUCCAAGAAUCCACGUGCAUCCUGAUAGUCCGGCGAAUGGCGUUCAUUGGAUGAAGCAAUCGAUCUCCUUCGACAAACUGAAGCUGACGAACAAUCAGCUCGAUGAUAACGGACACAUCAUCUUGAAUUCGAUGCACCGUUACCAACCACGGUGUCACGUGGUCGUGGCUCCCUCGCCGCCGGGUUCGGCGCCGGAUCCUCGCACGGAGAACUUCAAGACGUUCAUCUUUCCGGAGACCAAGUUCACCGCGGUGACCGCGUAUCAGAACCACCGGAUAACGCAGCUGAAGAUCGCCAGCAAUCCGUUCGCCAAGGGUUUCCGGGACUGCGAGUCCGACGAGUGCGACGGCGUGGCCGUAGCCGGGAUGCAGAAUCCCAGCAAGAGACCGGCCACGGGGGCUGGAAACGCCGGAAGUGUCUUGUCUUCAACCGGUUACAACCCGGUGCCGACGGCGAUGCCGAUCCCGAGCAUACCCGCUGCCCAGGAACACCAUCAGUUCUACGGCGCGACGUCCGCCGGCCAUUGGGCGCAUUAUCCGAAUCAUCAUGGACAACCGUCGGCGCACGUGAACGCGGUCCAUUAUCCGACGCACACGCAGCAUCCGCACUCGAGCGCGCCUCUUUACGGACCACCGCGAUAAAAUACUCAUCAUUUCGCCGUGUUACCUCUCAUCGAUUUCCACAAGGGGGAACAUUUAACGUGUGUUUCAGAAACUGUGAAAGUUUAUAAACUCUCGUACUAUAUCAUUUGUUCUUUUUCGAACGUGCGUUGUUAGUUUUUUUUUUUUUUUUUAAAGAACAACAGUGAUAAAGGACCUUAAGUGGUGUGUCUGGGAAACAAAAGAAUAUAUUUUGAAAACUUUUGACCUCUCACUCACGCACACACAUAUCAAAGAUUCGCUUAUAAAAAAUUAUUUAAAUUAAAACCGAUAGUUUUAAAUAGUUACGCGUAUAUUUAUAUAUUUUUUGUGUAUUACGAUGAUUCUUUUGAAAUUGGAGUUUAUUUAACUGAAGAUAAAGAGAGAACGGCCGAUAAGUGCCUUGCGACAAACAUAUAUAUGCAACUUGUACCAAAGAUUAUAUUGUGUCGAUAUUUGACACAGAAGUUUAUAUGUAACGCUUACGUGCAAUAAGAUAGUCUCUGACACAUAUAUUUACAGUAUAUAGAACGAUAUAGAACAGAUUUUACGAAUUAUGUUUGGAUACGUGCAAUAACUCGUAUACUUUUGCACCGACGCGUCUUCGUAAACGUAAGAUUUUUAAACAUUCGCACGUCUUUUUUAUACAUGUACAUAAAUAUUUAUUUUCUUUCUUUUCGAAUUUUCAAAAUAAACCAUACGGAAUCAAAAUAAUGUAAAAGUAACUGUCGUCUCUUAUUUGCGAGAUGUUAUCGACUUCCGUGCAAGAAGCUUCGUUCGAUUUGCGCGCAAUAGACGAAUCGACCGAUCGAAGUUGCGCUAACGAAGUUAUGGAAGGCCGGGAAAGUAUCUAAGUGCCUUUUGUAGGAGCAAAGUGCGUCUAUUUAUAUUGGGUGUCUCAAAUGCCAAACGGGCCUAAAACGUUCCCGAGCCAAGACGGGGAAAGCAAACGCGCCGUGACACUCCGUAAGAGUACGUGGUUUUAUAUACUAAGUGCCUUAAUAAAUUACGCCGCCGGUCGUAUCGUGCCAUUGUGCUUUUAACUUUUUAAGUCUUUCGUUCGAUGUAUAAUAUCAGUAGAGAAACAUUUUAUGACCAAAUGGGGA